AUGGAAGGAAUGAAACGUUUCUUUUUUGGAAAUGUACCACCAAAAGGAACAGUACCAUUUAACUCAAAUCCUAAAAAGAAAAGUACUAACACAAUACAAAAGAAAAGUUAUAAAACUGAUAUAAAAAAAAUUAAAGAUGAACUUCAAGAAUUAAGAGAAAUGCUUCAAAGUAAAGAAAUUGAAGAACAAAGAGAAGCGUUAAGAAGAAUUGUAUUGGCAACAGCAGAAGGAAAAGACUGUUCAUUUAUGUUUAUGGAUGUUUUAAAAAUUAUUCAAACUAAUGACGUUUCUUUAAAACAAAUGAUUUAUCUUUAUAUUUCAGCUUAUGCAAGUAUUGAUGAACAACAAGCAAUACUUGGAGUUAAUUCAUUAAUCAUUGAUAGUAAACAUCAUGAUGCACAUGUACGUGGUUUAGCCCUUAGGACUAUGGGAAAUAUUAGACUUCAAAUGACUGCUGAAUAUUUUGUUCAACCAUUAUUAAAUGGGUUAGAUGAUAAUGACCCAUAUGUACGUAGAAACGCAGUUCUUGGAUUAUUAAAACUUCUUCAUAUUCCAAACACUUCUAUUGAUCGUGAAGCAAUAGAAAAGAAAUUUGUAUUACUACUUAAUGACAGUGAUAGUUGUGUUGUAGCAAAUGUUAUUAAUGCCAUAAAUGAAUUACCUGAAAUGCUUUAUUUAUUAAAAUCACCUGAAACCAUUAGUAGAAUGAUUGAAUUAAUAGAUGGUGCUUCUGAUUUUACUCAAGCUGUAUUUAUUAAAUGUUUUACUAAUUAUGUUCCAUCAUCUUCUCAAGAAGCUGAAAGAAUUACACAAAAAGUAUUUGAUAAAGGUUCUGUUACUAAUGAAGGUGUUGUUAUUGAUACAUUAAAACUUGUAUUAAGAUAUCAACCAUUUUUAAACACAUCAAAAGUAGAAGAAUAUUUUAGUAUUUUAGCAAAUAUUAUAAUGAAAAUGAAUGCAUCAUUAACAAGUUCAAAACAAUAUGAUGUUUUAUAUAUCUUUUAUAGAAAUAUUAAACAUUUCCUUUUCAUUCAACGAAAACUUUUUGUGUCUCAACUAUUUUGUUUUUAUAUUUCAUAUGAAGACCCAAUUAAUUUAAGAAUAGAAAAAUUAGAAAUCCUUUUGUCUUUGGCUGAAGAAACUAAUGUUAAAGAUCUCUUAGAUGAAUUAACUGAAGACUCUUUAGCCUCUCUUGAUUUUGCUCCAAAAACAUUAAAAGCUAUUGCUACAUUAGUUACUAAAUUUCCUAGUUUGGCUUCUCAAUGUGUUUCUUCUAUUAUUCGUAUUUCUAAUGAAGUUCCUCAAUUGAGUGAGUCAUGUCUAGUUGCUUUAUCUGAGAUUUUAAUUCAUACUGAUGGAAUGUAUUUAAAAGCUCUUCCUUUGUUAUUAAAUAAUAUAGAAAAUCUUGAAAACAUUGAAGCAAAAUGUGCAUUGAUUUAUCUUUGUGGAGAGUUUGUAACAAAAAUUACAAAUGCAAAAGAAUUUAUAGCUAAAUGUAUUGAGAGAUAUACUGACGAGUGUUUAGAAGUAAGACUAACUCUUUUAACUGCAUGUGGAAAAAUUUAUUGUGAAGUUCCAUUUACAGAAACUACUCAAAAAGUAUUAGAAAUAGCUAUCAAAUCUGUUGAAUGUGAUGAACGUGAACGUGCAAAAUACCUAAAAAAGAUAUAA